AUAGAAGUCCUUAUUUCGGAUGCACAUCCCGAAUACGAUGGAUCCGAUGAUAUUGACUUGAUAGAAGGCACGGCAGAGCCAGAACCACCAAAAGAUAUACCAAGCGCAGCCGACAUCACGAUUCCCGUGAUGGGUAUGGUCACCCAGGAGUAUGUGCAAAAGGCAGUCUUGUUCUUUCUGAUCUUGGCUGUGGUUUUGUACGUAGUGAGAAGACGGACAUCAUCUCGGGAUAGCAAGAUUGAUGAGAAAAGCAUGGCGUGA